CUUUUCCUGCUGGAUUCAUCAUGAUAACUCCAGCUUUUGAGCUGACCCAGGAUCCGGAUUUUCUUACAAUAAUAAUCAAAGUACCUUAUGCCAGAGCUUCAGAGUUUGAUGUGUAUUUUGAAGGGGAAGAUUUUAAAUUUUAUGCUAAGCCGUACUUUCUCAGAUUGACACUUCCUGGAAGAAUUGUAGAAGAUGGCAGAGAAAAAGCAUCUUAUGAUACAGACAAAGGAACUUUUACAAUCCGGUUACCUAAAGAGAUUCCUGGCCAAUAUUUUGAGGGACUGGACAUGCUGACGUCUCUUUUAGCACCAAAAAAAUCAAGAUCAGCAAAACCUUUAGUAGAAGAAAUAGCUGCCUCUGCUGAGUUGUCUGAGGAGGAGGAAGAAGAAUUUGACUGGGAAAUAGAGCAGAUCCCUUAUGAAGAAAGUGCAGAAAGCACUCUACCACUACAGUACCGUUACGGAUUUGGGAAUUUGCGGUCAGGGGUAUUCCAGCGGCUGCAGGAUGAACUCAGUGAUGUUAUUGAUAUCAGGGAUCCAGACCAAACUCCUGUAGAUGAACGUAGGAGGAAACGCCUGGCAGCUGAGGCUGCCAAGUUUGAGCCUGAUCAUUACCUAGCUGAUUUUUUUGAAGAUGAAGCUAUUCAGCAUGUCUUAAAGUACAAACCAUGGUGGGUUGAUGCUCAUAAAAAAAUGAUAGCCUUGCAGAGAGAAAGUCACCAGGAACAUGACACUCAUACAUUUGUUGUCUUCUCUGAGGAAGAGAGAGAGCAGCUGAGAAAGUUCACAAAUAAAUCUUAUCUUCUGGAUAAAAGAAGCCGUCAUCAUGUAUAUCUUGGUUUAAUUGAUAUCCUUCUGGCAUAUUGCUAUGAAAUCUGUGUCAAUGAAGGAGACAAGAAUGUUGAAUCGUCUUGGAACAUCAGGAAACUGAGUGCGACGUUGUGCUGGCUGGAGAGUUUUACUAGCGUUCAUGACGUCCUGGUAUCUUUUGGAAGACGGGUGCUAUGCUAUCCCCUGCACAGACAUUUUGGAUUAGUGACACGUGCCUUCAAUGAUACAGUCAUGAUACUGCAACUAG